CAUUCGAGGCAAACGGUUUGCUGUGUUUGGGCCUGGUUUUAAUAUUCCCCGCGACUCGAUUCGGUCCGAUAUUCUGUGUGCAGUGCUCCAUUCGCGAUUCUCAAGUCGUGGCCAUGUGAAGUGCAGGCAUCUGAUAGGCCUACGAAAUUCAUAUUCGUCGUCGCUGAUAAGGCCUUUGACACGAUAAAGAUCUAUAUUUAAUUAUGAUUGUGCCAAGAACUGUGCUCUGAUUACGCAAAUUGCAAGUGAAAUCCGACGGCAAAGAAAUUCUGCGAGAGCCGGAACCUAAAUAGGUAGCAUCGAGAGCAAGAUGGGCUUCUCAUCGGCCCUGCAAAGUCGGGCCGCCCACGAGGCGCUGAUCGUUCGCCAGGACGCCGAGCUCCGGCUGAUGGAGACCAUGAAGAGGUCCAUCCAGAUGAAGGCCAAGUGCGACAAGGAGUACGCCAUCAGCCUGACAGCUGUGGCCCAACAGGGCCUCAAAAUCGAUCGGGCCGACGAAAUGCAAGGCAGUCUGAUCACCAAGUCCUGGCGAUCCUACUUGGAUGAGCUGGAUCAGCAGGCCAAACAGUUCAAGUUCAAUGCCGAGCAACUGGAAGUGGUCUGCGACAAGCUGACACAUCUCUCACAGGACAAGCGAAAGGCCCGGAAAGCCUAUCAGGAGGAGCACGCCAAGAUCGCAGCACGCCUGAAUCAUCUCACCGAUGAGGUGGUUCGCAAGAAAGCCGAAUACCAAAAACAUUUGGAGGGCUACAAGGCGCUGCGCACGCGCUUCGAGGAGCACUACAUAAAGGCACCCAGUCGCAGUGGCCGCAAGUUGGACGAUGUGCGCGACAAAUAUCAGAAGGCCUGCCGCAAGUUGCACCUCACCCACAACGAGUACGUUCUUUCCAUCACAGAAGCCAUUGAAGUGGAGAAGGACUUCCGCACUGUGCUGCUGCCAGGAUUACUGGAGCAUCAGCAGUCCGUCCAGGAGAGCUUCAUUCUGCUGUGGCGCAACAUCCUGCAGGAGGCAGCUCAGUACGGCGAUCUUACCGCCGACAAAUACAAGGAGAUACAGAAGCGCAUCGACACUGUGAUAGGCGGCAUCAAUCCUGCCGAGGAGUACGGCGAAUUCACCGAGAAACACAAAACAACACCCACAACCCCGCUGCUCUUCCAGUUCGAUGAAACGCUCAUUGAGGACAUACCCGGCAAACUACAGUCAAGCACCUUGACGGUGGACAACCUCACGGUUGACUGGUUGAGGAAUCGCCUCCAGGAAUUAGAGGGAGCCGUCAAGGAAUGCCAGGAGAAGCAGCUGAAGAUGAUCGAGCAUGUGAAUGGUGGUUCUCCGGUGGCCAAUGGCAGCAUUAUUUCCAAUGGCAGCAACACAUCCAAUGGCAUUCAGUCCAACAAGGAUAGUCAGUGUCGCCAAUCAAAGGACCUAAAUGCACUGCGCUGCCAGGAGAAACAGAAGCAGAAGCUGGUGGACAUGAUCAAGUGUGCUCUGAACGAGGUGGGAUGCGAGGAGCUGCCCUCCGGAUGCGAUGAUCACCUGACCCUCGAGCAGAACUUCAUCGAGAACGGCUACAACAACGAGCAGCAGAGGUCCAACUCCACCAGUUCACCAGGUCUGGGCAUCAUGAACGAGCUGAUGCGACGCGGCGGGGUGCUGACCCUUCUGCGGGGAAGGGGGAGGCACUUCAAGCGGAAGAGCACCCCGCAACCGACGACGCCGAUGACGAGAUCGCGGCAGGGACGCUUCAACAAGAUGCAGCCGCGCUCACAGAGCCUGGGAUCCUUGUCGGUAAUUAGGGACGGGAUUGGGAACGGGGAGGGGAAUCCCCGCAGUCCUGCACGCUAUGAGCCCAUUACUAACCGGCGAUUGCGCCAGGCAGCCAGUGUUCACUACCUGGGCGAGGAGAUCGCCACUAGAUCCUCGAUCCCGCCCGAUCUGCCGCCCCUGCACCGCACCCAGUGUUCCAUGUUGUGUUUGGGCGAGGACGAGGAGCCUGCCGCCGUUGUUGUCCUCGCCUCGCCCGCCCCGCUCACCCAGCUAACCGCCGCUGUCCUUACUAACACCAAUAACAACCACAUCUACGCGGAUCUGGAGCUGGACAGGAAGGCGGUGAGUCCACCCAGUCCGGAGAGCGAGGAUGAAGUGCCAGAUAAAAAGGAAAUCCAAAUAGAAAUAAACAGGGUAGCUCCGCAAAACUCCAUCGAUGCUCAUCUGGACAAGAUCGAUGAGAUCAAUCGGGUUUUGGAUGAUCGUCUGAAGAGGAGUCUGCAACCCAGUGAUGACCUAAAUGCCAUUGAAAGUGCAGAGGAGAAUCACAUACAAACCAGGAAGCUAACCAAAGAUCCCGAUAGCCACACCAAACGCAGCUCCAGUUCGAGUUCGGAGUGCCGAUCCUCCAAGGACAUGGGUCAUUCCAAGAAACGAUCGCUCUCCUUCACCCAGAAGUCCAUCAGCAACAUCUUCAGCAACCUCAAGGAGUUCUCCAAGAGUCCGCUCGUGCGGAUGACCAAGAAUCACACCCUAAAUGAGGAGGAGAACGCGGAGAGGCCUCCUCACAACCAACAGCAUUCCAGCAGCAGUGAUUGCCCCACGAACAGUAGCACUUCCAGCAGUCAUCACAGCAAUAACAAUAAUAACAAUAACAACAACAACUCGAGCAGCAAUAGCAAUCACAGUGCCUCCCAGUCGACGAUCAUCACGAGCACGAUCACCACAACCAUAACGACCACAACGACCACGACGCCGUCCAAGGAAAACUCAAGACUGAAAUUCAAGGUGCCCAAGAUCCAGAAGAAGUCGAAGGCCAUCCGCAACACAUUCCGCUCCAAGUUGCUCAACUUCCAGCUGAAGCGAUCCAAGCCGUGCAAACAGUGCACUAAAAGGAGGCGCAUCCAUCCCAGCAAGAGUGUCUUCGACUUUGCCCGGGAAUUCGAGGCGGAUCUCCCGGAAGGAUCCACUGGGGAAGAGCAAUUCUGUAACUGCCCGUCGGUUACCCAGAAAACCGCAAAGCCAACCGUCCAAAUUUCCGGCCACAAGGAUCAGCCAUUCGAAUCCAGUUCCGGGGAGCUGGAUGAGAACGAGGAUCAGGAUAACGACGAGGACAGUGGCAGUGACGAUGUGCUCAGCAUGAAGGAUCACUGCUACUGUGUGCCCAGCCUGGCGGCCAGUAUAUCACUGUCCACGAAUCGACCGCUUUACGAGGAGGAAUGGUUCCACGGUGUUUUGCCCCGUGAAGAGGUUGUACGACUUCUGAAUAAUGAUGGCGACUUCCUGGUCCGCGAAACGAUUCGAAACGAGGAGAGCCAGAUAGUGCUGAGUGUCUGCUGGAAUGGCCACAAACACUUCAUCGUCCAGACCACCGGCGAGGGUAACUUCCGGUUCGAGGGUCCUCCGUUUGCCAGCAUUCAGGAGCUGAUAAUGCACCAGUAUCACUCCGAACUUCCGGUGACUGUGAAAUCCGGAGCCAUUCUACGGCGACCCGUCUGCCGCGAACGCUGGGAGCUGAGCAACGAUGAUGUGGUGCUUCUCGAGAGGAUUGGCAGGGGCAACUUUGGUGAUGUCUACAAGGCCAAACUAAAGUCCACCAAGCUCGAUGUGGCUGUCAAAACCUGCCGUAUGACUUUGCCAGAUGAACAGAAGCGCAAAUUCCUGCAGGAGGGACGCAUCCUUAAGCAAUAUGACCAUCCUAAUAUCGUCAAACUAAUUGGCAUUUGUGUGCAGAAGCAGCCCAUCAUGAUUGUCAUGGAAUUGGUGCUGGGUGGUUCCCUACUAACUUAUUUGCGUAAGAACUCCAAUGGCCUCACCAAUCGCCAACAAAUGGGAAUGUGCAGAGAUGCGGCAGCGGGCAUGCGGUACUUGGAGUCCAAGAACUGCAUACAUCGCGAUCUGGCGGCUCGUAAUUGCCUGGUUGACCUGGAACACAGUGUAAAGAUCUCCGAUUUUGGAAUGUCACGCGAAGAAGAGGAGUACAUAGUUUCCGAUGGCAUGAAGCAAAUACCUGUGAAGUGGACUGCUCCGGAGGCCCUCAACUUUGGAAAGUACACCUCUCUGUGCGAUGUGUGGUCCUAUGGCAUUCUGAUGUGGGAGAUCUUCUCCAAGGGCGAUACUCCCUACUCCGGAAUGAGCAAUUCAAGGGCUAGAGAGCGCAUCGAUACGGGAUAUCGCAUGCCUACUCCAGAAAACACGCCAGCUGAGAUGUACCGACUGAUGCUGAAGUGCUGGGCCGCCGAUGCCGAAUCCCGGCCGCAUUUCGACGAGAUCUACAACGUGGUGGACGCCCUGAUCCUCCGCCUGGACAACAGCCACUGAGAGUGGCUCGAACUGCAGCCGGAACUCAAUGGGAACCUAUGUUAGCAUACUCAAUGUAGUUUUAGUCAGCGCUUUUAAAGUACGUCACGUCCGAGGACUUCAACAACGAGAUGCCUGUAUUUAUGAAAUAGCAUAUAGCAUAUAGCAUACACUAUACAUUUUACCACAUAAACGAUAUUUAUAUAGAGACAUAUAUAUUUUCUAGCCAUGUAAAUGUAAAUUUCGAUAUAUACCGUACUGUACUGUGUGUGUUUGUCUGACUGAGCGUAUGUAAUGAAUCCUUAAUGUGCCAAAAACCGCAAGAAGAUCUUAAACCGAAAAACAAACAAAAUAGCAAAAAAAAUCAAAUAAAAAAAAAACAGAAUUGAUAUUGUGUGACUGCUUGAAGAAUCGCUUCGUAGGCUAAGCUCAUGAAUUUAUACACUUAGUUGUUUGUGUUUUAGUUCUCAAACAGAGAAGCAUAAUUUGUUAAUUAAGCAAUCCCUACGUUCGUCAAUUUGUGUUUAGACUUUGUAUUUUAUGUAUAUUUAUUUACACCUAAUUUACAUUUCUACUUCGACUACGAUUAUGUUUACACUUAUACAACUAAGCUCUAAGUUAAAGCUUUAGGUUCUGCUGCGCUGCUGAAGUGAAUAAAUCAUAUGUGUACUAUAUACUA